UUCUUCCAGGAACGACGAGGAGAGGAAAGAAGGGAGAAGAGAGGAGGAGGACACGGAGAGAGGGAGCUGCGGUGUUGAGAAAGCGCUUUGCGGGGUAGAGUUACGAAGAAUAACGCAAAUCAAACCCCCAAAAACACGCUUUAAAUGUCGAAAUAAAGCGAAACCCGGAGCUGUUUUUGAGCCGAAGCGAAGAAAAGUAGAUCAUGACGUCAGCGCUGCAGUUCGGGAGCCUGUUCACCCAGUUUCCUCUCGGCUUCAAGGCUUCAGAGAGUUCCUCCUCCAAAGAUUUAAACCAACAACAAACGGAGACUCCGGCCCAGUUUAUCCAGAGACUGAGGAGAGUGACCGGUCUGAAGAAAGACGACGUGUUCUGUAAUCUACGAGUCCCAGAGAAGGAUCAGCUCUCCAAAGACGACAUCAGUGUGGUUCUGCUCACAGGACGCGGGAUCUUCUGCGUCGACGUCAAAACGUGGACGGGAAAAGUCACGGCCCAAAACUCAAAAUGGCAAAUUCAAGUCAAAGAAGAAGAAACGAACUUCACCAACACCAGGAUCGAACAGACGGAAGAUCCGGUCCGAGCCAUCAAGAAGAAGACCCAGUCCCUGCUCGCUCACCUCAAACGCAGCGGUGUGUCUGUCCGUGAGCGUCUGUUUUUCCCUCGAGUCCUCUUCCUGUCCCCAGACCUGGACUUGGACCAGUCUCUGCAGAACCAGGCCGAGAUCUUAGUCCAGAGCCGAGUCCAGGACUUCCUCUGCUCCUUCAGAGAGGGAUACGUGGGCUGGAUUUCAGACGCUCUCACGCCGGCGUGGAUCUCUGGUCACCUGUCGUACUCCCAGCUGAGCUCCGUGCGCUCGCUGCUGUGUCGCGUGGGGACGUGGGACCUCCUGAAGCUGCAGAGCGGAGAGGAGCUGAGGGGGGACUUCCGGCACUGCCCCUUCAUCUCCCUGGACCGAACCCAGACCCAGAGCAUCGAAUUCAGCCACAACAAGCCCCUGUCUGCGGACUCUCUGUGGGCUCUGCUGGGACACGCGCCGCAGGUUACAGUAAAGAUGUACCAGCGCGGGGCUGGGGGUUACUGGUUGGGGAAGACGGCGAGCGCGUCGGCCUCCAUCCCGUCCUCCUCCUGCGUCUCCUUCAGGGUGAGUGGAGACGAGACGGAGUCCAAGAUCCCGGCGAGCAGCGUCCACAGCGUCACCCUGAGCAUCUGAGGGGGGAGGACCGUCAUUUACACCACGAGAACGACAUAAUUUUGCGGUUUUGUUUUGUUUUUUUUAUAAAUCAGGUGAUGUGACAAAGGGAAUGGACAGACGUGUUUAAUCAUGUUAAACAAAAGUUAUAAAUGGACUUUUUGCUGAAAAGUUUAAUAUUUUUUGUGUUUUCAAACUCGAUGUUUUCACCUCACGUGCCUUCUACUCGUUUGUUCAGUUUGUCUUUUUUGUAAAGAGCAGAUACUUAAACACUACAGUUUAAACGUUUAAAUCAAAGAGAAUCGCCAAUUUUUUGUUGUUUUUCUGUAUUUUUUUGUAAAUGUAAAAUCUGAAAAAGGUGUUUCUUUUUUCUGUUUUGGUUUUGGAUUUAAAAUGAACAAAUCUUACACGGAUUUUUUAUUCAAACUUUAAAAGGGAGAUGUGUCUGUACCAGGCCUGCAAAUGUAAAUAUAUGAGGCCCGCGUCAUUUCUACACUUAUUCUGGUGUUUAAAGAUGCAUUCUGUAACUUUUCUGGUUUGGAAUAAGCCACUUGCUUUUCUCCAUUGAUGUGUUUUUAUCGCUUUGCCUGGAAUCUUCCAAAGUAUGGCAUUAAUCUUCAGUCGGUUUAUUCAAAUACAGGUGUUUUAUUGUUUAAAAAAACUGUAAAAACUCGUCUUUUUAGGGUAACUCCGGGGUUGCCUCUCCGCAGAAUUUACCUGUAACUUGGACACGGUAACGUCACUUUGUCUCCAUGGAGAUAGAUAGUUUUAAUAAGAUACUAAGGAACAUUCUAGGCACAAUGGAGACUCGCAGAUGGUGUAGAUGGUGUUUUAUCGUUUAAAAAAAUGGGAAAAACUCGUCUUUUUACGGUAACUCUGGGGUCGCCUCUCCGCAGACCUGACCUGUAACUUGGACACAGUAACGUCACUUUGUCUCCAUGGAGAUAGAUCGUUUUAAUAAGCUGCUAAGGAACAUUCUAGGCAAGGCGAUAACAUUUCAAUGGAGACUCGCAGAUGGUGUUGUCUACUUUCCGCUAGAAAAGUUCCACGGUGCGUCUUAAAUGUUUUUUUGUUGUUUUUUUGUUUUGAUUUGCGUAACUCUUCCGUAAAAAAAAGAUUUCUGUCCCGGUUUCGAUCGCGUUCAAACUGUAAGCAGCUUUUUUAAUACCUCCGACACUGACAAAGACUGUAGCGUAUUCAAAUUAGCACAACUUUAGCGCUAAUCGCCGCACGCUGGCCUGUUCUCCGUCAGUUAGCGGGCUGCUGCGGCUACGCUAACAGCUACCAAUCGCGUUUACGGCGUCUGGUAGCGUCCGAAAUGAGGUUACAGCUGGAUCUCUAUGUACCAGUGCCUUUCCGCUAAUGCAAUACAAGAAUCCGCGUGCAGAUGCUAUCGGUUUGAACGGCAUUUCUUCUACCUGAAAUAGCAUUAUGUCGUACUCAAGCUAGCCGUGUUUACCGACGUUACCUGGAGCUAAAGGGGGUCUGUCUUAUGUCUGUUUACAAACGCACAAUUCUCUAGGUUUUUCAAAGCAGGUCGACGCGACAAAAGCUCGUUCGCCGCAAAAGACUUAAAGAAAAACAGAUCUGAGAAUGACCAGAAAUAAGAUGAGAUUUGACAAGUUUAGAGCGAAAAAUGUGAUAUAUACAUGAUUUAACUGCAAACUUGAGCUCAAAAUAAAUAAAAAAAAUUAAUCUAAUGCCAUUUUACCAUACCAUGUUUAAAAAGAGAAUAUUAAAACAACUUAAAGCUCCAGUAUGUAACAUUUUAGCCACAAAAACGUCUAAAAAAACAUGUUUUUUGGGGGGUUUCUUUUGGUUUAUUGCACAAAAAACAUGCGUCCUUACUGUAAGCGGGCUCGCAUCUCCACAAACCUGACUCUUACUUGCCUCAUCCUAUUUAUUGCCAUUUUUGUAUAGUAAAAAAAUAAUAUAUUAGAACAACUUAAAGCCACAGUAUGUAACAUUUUAGCCAAAAAUACAUGUUUUUUGGGGGUUUUUUUUUUGGUUUAUUGCACAAAAAACAGGCUCGCAUCUCCACAAACCUGACUCUUACUUGCCUCAUCCUAUUUAUUGCCAUUUUUGUAUAUUAAAAAAAGAAUAUAUUAAAACAACUUAAAGCCACAGUAUGUAACAUUUUAGCCAAAAAAAAACAUGUUUUUGGGGGGGGUUUUUUUGGUUUAUUGCACAAAAAACAGGCUCGCAUCUCCACAAACCUGACUCUUAUUUGCCUCAUCCUGUUUGUCGCCAUGGAAAUACUGCUCUUUUUUCUAUGAUUUUCCACAGUAUGGCAUAAAAUGUAUCUUUGGUUUGUUUUGGUUUUAACUUUCUGUUUCCACGGAUUCAGGUGACACCUCCAGAAAGUUACAUACUGUGGCUUUACAUUUGCUGUUACGGUUUAAUAAAGUAAAACAAAAAACAGCUCAAUGUGUCUUUGCCAAAGGACACGACAACAGUCUCUUAAGUGCAUGGGCGGGAAUUGAACCAGUGACCCUCUGGUUUUCUAAGCAAAUAUUAAAGACGGUCUACUUCUUCUGUUCUUAAAUAAAGUCAUAUUGAGUAACAUCGGUCUGUUUUGCGGCGAUAAAAACGUAGGACUCAGGAAUGUUCCGGUGCGCAAAACGAACGCUCGGCUUCAGGGAACGUCACGCGCGCGAGACUUUUCAAAAUAAAAGCACUUUGGGAUUUCAAGCCAACUUCACAAUAAGAGGAAGUGGCGUUUUUAGCACGUUCUGUUUGUGUUUUAUGGAGAAUGUUUUUAACUGUCAAAUCUGGUGUUGAAAU